AUGUCUUUCUUACCUGUCAAUAACAUUUCUUCGCCACCAGACCGCGCCAUGGAGGAUGCAAACGCAACGUCUGCGACACCUCGCCCUCAAUCAAAUAGCAUGCCCACUACACAGGAUGCCGGGGCUUCAAGCAGUAACACUGAUAUCCAUAUGCCUGACGAGUCUCGCCGGAGUACACAUUCGAUCUCUGAUGAGACCAUCCAAGCCGACUCGGAUGGAGAAGGUUCAGAUAACGGGUCGGAGCGAAAGGAACAUGCACCGCCAUCGAAGAAAAAAAAGGGCCAACGUUUCUACUGCACCGACUUCCCGCCAUGUAAUCUCAGUUUCACUCGGAGCGAGCACCUGGCUCGCCACAUUCGCAAACAUACCGGAGAGCGGCCGUUUCAAUGCCACUGUUCACGGCGAUUCUCCAGGCUGGAUAAUUUGCGACAACAUGCCCAGACUGUGCACGUGAACGAGGAGAUACCAGACAGCUCGCUAGCGGCCACUGGCACUCGCUUUCAACGCCAGGUCAGAACUGAUCGAGUGCGGCCUCAGGGUCGCGCGAGAGCAGGAACUGGAGGUAGUCAGGGAACACACAGCAGGGGCCACAGUAGGAACCUGUCGACAUCAAGCAUCGCUUCGACAGCCUCAACAUUCAGCCAACCCGCGGAACUGCGCCGGCGCCCGCCGCCGUUGAUCAUGGCAAAUGACGGAAGCGCGAGGUCUAGGCUAGGUCUUGACCCGAUGAUGGACACCCCCACUACGCCACCUGCCCAGGUUCGAGGUUUCCAUGCGCCGCCGGGCGGCUCUCCAUACACACCCUCCCAGAUGUAUCCCGCUAACGGCUCUCCUAUGCCUGGGUCGGCCCAGGUUGCCGGCUUCUGGGAGGGCAAGACCGCAGCUCGUCGAUUAUCUGUUCCGUCAGGAAUUAACCCUUUUGCACCCCAGCAAUAUGCUCAUCCUUACACUGCUGCAACCUACGCAGCGCCUGGCGAAAUAUAUGCUAGUCCUGUCAGCGGAAAAUACCCAGUGGAAAGGGAUUAUCAACCGACGGAAGCUGAGUUGCGGCGAAGGACGUGGCAUUAUUCGACAUGGCCUACUCCCUCCCGCACGGAAUAUAGUGGCCUCAGUAAUUCUCAAACAUCGGAAACGCUUCCAGCGGUUGGAGGCAACGAAACCGCAGACCGGCCGCCGCGUCUGCCGGGGAUUGAAAGCUUCGACAAAUUCGCUGCGCAGCGCUCCUUGACACCUCCUGUGCGCAAGCCCAGUCCGAUGCAGGUAGACAACAAACCGCCUCCCGGUUACAACUUCAGCGGCGGGUUCAACUAUGCACCACCACCGGGACGACCCGCCCCGCCUAUUUCUGGGCCUGGUCACCGACGCGGCCACGUUUCGUGGGAUAUGUCGCUGCAUACAAACCUGACCGGUCUUCACAUCAGGGACAAGCCAAUUUCCCAGCGUGAUGCAUCGACCUGGGGCCAACAAACUAUCUCGGAACUUCGUAACAUUGGUUCCCGUCCGUCAUCAUCAUACCAGCAACAGCUCCAGGAGUUCCGUGGUCAUCAUGGCUCGUCUUCGUAUAGCACCACUGCAUCAAGCUCACAUGCUGCGCGAACGAGCCCAGAAGAUUCAAGUAGCAGCGAAGGAGUACACACUCCCUCAACAGCAUCACUUGAGUACCAUCCGGCCAUUGUGCAUAACAACGGCUUUGUCGAGCCCCAUCAUCCUCCCUUUUCUUCUGACACACCUCAAACUGUACGCACCCGUUAUCAAUGA